GAGCUAGUUCAUUCAUUUCCCGAGUCUCGUCACCGACGGUCGCGAUUUUGCGGAGUGCGCUGCAGAGCUAUAGGAAAACGUCCACGCGGCGUUUGUCAACUUGCCCGAGUUGAGCAAAAAGUGUAUUUUUGUUCACUUCAAUGUCUCCGUAACGAGUGAAUCAGAUUUUCUAUGCAACCUUUUAAGUUAAUAGUUUUUAAUUCUGCAAUAGUUUCCUCAUAUUUUAAUGUUAUUUUAUCACAUUUUAACAGAAAAGUGGUAAUUAAUUUCUGUCACAUAAAAUCUCUCGGGUAAGAAGCUCAAAUAGCGAUUCGGUUCAGUGUGAGUGUGGGAAAGCGAAAACGACAAAAAAGUGUGUUGAUCGUGAUCAUAGCGGUGCCAUUUGAGGCGGAAAUAGUGUCUUGUGAAAGCAAAUUGUAGCAGCUUAGAUCAUCGGAUCUAUAGAUUUCAUACCACUGCACAGUGCACCCUGUGAUCUUGUUUGUCUUGACGCUUCAUCUAAUUACAUCAAUCUAUCGUAGCGCAGCUCGCUACAAAACUGGCAACUACUGAACUUGGAUUGAAUUUCGCAGUACGCCACCUUCGGAACCGACCGGACAAGGAAUCGCCCACGGCCGGAGUAUCCGCCCGGCUGGACCCACUCGAACAACAUCCGGUUUUCAAUGGGUUGACACGAGUUCUGCAUCGGCUUCCGGACGACGGGAAAUAAAAUACAGUUUGUAACGUUGUGGCUGCUUUACAGAAACGGACUUGGAGGAAUAUUCUUUGCCGGACGCAUCCGCAAAGCGUUCGAAUUCAGCAGCGCCAGUCGCUACAGUUUCCACACACUUUUGAAUCGCAAGGCGCAUCGGCCAUCCUGGUGCCCACUCGGAAUACAUCACAGUACCGUGCGACGACGACGGUUCCCUCACCCAGCAUCACCAUUAAUUUGCUCCCGGGCAUUCACCGCUCCGCAAACGCAUUCCAAUGAGAGUAGUCGACGGGAGUUCUACUCCGUACAACUUGGCGUCCGGCAAGGCAGCCCAGAGCAUCGAAGGCCUGGCCCCGGCAGGAUUGGCCGUCCAGUUUUGCUACCUCUACUUCGAGGUCUCCACGAUUCUGCUGCACCUGUUCAACGGCCUGGGGCUGGUGAUCUCGGACCUCAACUAUAGCCAGGCCUAGCUCCCGCCACUCCCGGUGCAAUUGGCGUUUAGUAGUUAGUACCAUCUUGUUAAGUGCGACGAAAGUUCAAAUUGUGAUCCGUCCUUGCAAUUGAAUCUACAACGAGCGCGAGAGGUGUGCAGUUGCAGUUGGUGAAGAAAGUGCGCGCAAUAGAAAGAGUACGACGAGAGUGGAGUGUAUCUGUGAAGAAAGUAGCUUUAAUUUCUAACGAAACUAGUGUUUCCCGUGAACGAAAGAGAAGAAUCGUUUAGUUGAUUACACCUUAUUGUGUUCAAAAGUUCUAGCCAAAAUAGCAGUCAUGUUGAAAGUAGUCGGUGCAUCGUGGUAUAAAACGCGGAUAAGUACCUACAUUCUUGCAGGUGCUUUCAUGCUGGCGUUCGGGGCGUUCUUCAUCGCUGAUAUGGAUAGGCCAAACUACAGCGGAACGUACUGUGCCACCGCGUACUGGGCCCGUAACUCCGGUUUCCGCGUGGAAUUCUGGGGUCAACGGGAAGAGCUGGGAGAGGUUCCACCAGGCGCGGUUCGAGCCUGCUUCAAGCACAGCCUUAUGGAGAGUGGCUGGUCUCAGCUGGAGCUCGAAUCGCAACCCGAGUACCCGGACAGCAUCCAGGCAUUUGCCGCAGGGAUGCUCGAAGGUACCCUGACCUGGAACAACAUCUAUCUGCACUGGUCAAAUACCAUCGAAUCGGAGUGCAACAGAGAUGAUCAGUCGGAGGAGUUUUGCCAUUGGUUGCGACGCAUCAUCAGUACUAACGUGGAGACGGUCAAGAAGAUGGCCGAUAUGAAGGGAAAGAACGACCACUACUGGUACCAGAUUGGGUUGUUCUUCGAUCAGUUGGAUGGUCUGGAGUUCGGGUUCCGCAAAGGUGUUCGCAGGUCCCGAAUGGAUUACGAGAUUCCCAUGGAGGACUUUCUGUUGAUGAACAGCGCAGUAGACAUUCGUGAUCUGAAAGCAUAUUACAUGAAUUUCUUGGAUAGUGAGAGCGGAAUGCAUGUGGAGCCAAAUAAGGGCAUGAUGCUGCUGAAAUUGGUGGAGAGUGUUACUGGAAAAGUGAACAUCUUACUUGGGCAUACGAGCGAUGGUAGUUAUGCUUCAAUGUUGAGGAUGAUGAAGAAGUACACGCUAAAUUACCAUUUCGCGGAGGAAUCAAUUGUUGAACGAGUUGUUCCAAAUACGAACAUAGUGUUCACUGGAUAUCCAGCAGUUUUGGCAUCGCUAGACGACUUUUACAUGCUCUCUGGCAAACAUCAUCGAAUGGUAGUUGGUGGCAUCAAGAUCAAAAAUGACAACUUGAAUCUCUGGACAAAGAUCGACUUGGUGCGAUCGGUGUCUUUGGCUCCUAGGGUGAUGGCUUGUAACCGGCUGGCUCAUAGUGGUCGCGUUUGGUCCAAAUAUUUUGCACGAAGCCCCUCUACUGGUGCCAAGCAAUGGCUGUUGGUGGAUCUGACACGGCUAAACCGUGAAAACGAGCUGCUAGACGAUUCGGCUGAAGUCGAAGAAAUGCUGUUGAGUCACGCAGAAUACGACGAUCCGAAGGCUAUGAGGAAAGCACAGAGCACAGACUAUGUAGAGGUUGAUUUCGAAGGAAUUGUAAGGAAGAUGACCUCGAUAGGAAAGAUCAGUGACGGAGGAUUGUUUUGGGUGGUCGAUCAACUGCCUGGACGAUUGCAUGCUGAAGAUAUGACUGAAAAAAUCGUGAGAGAUGGAUAUUGGUUGGGAACUGGAAUUCCUACUUUCGAGGAACUAGCUGAUAUCGGUCAAGUGAAGACCAAUGGGACUGACUCGCAACGACAUUCCAUUCAGGAGAAAAUCCUUAACAACAUCACCGAUCUAGAGGGUCUAGCGAAGUUUAUCCGCCAAAGUGCAUACCGUGGAGAUUUGGACCAGCAGCAUCCCACCGCGUUCGGAAACAUCGACAUGAAACUGUUCGUGGAGACGAACGCCAGCAAUGGAACGGGCAUUUUCCAAGCUUAUUCCGGACCACUGUACGAUCCGUUAACUGACGGUCAGGCUGUGAAGCGUAGCGUUGAAAAUGACGGUGAAGUUGAAGCGGAAGCCAUCCCGGUUGCCGCGGCCAAGAAAAAGCGGGUCAAGCCGUUCGAUUGGGAUUCGGCCAAAAAGCUGGACGUUCCCCAUCAGGGACAACCGACAUUGUGGAACUUCCGCAGACAAUCGCCCAAAUGGGCAUGGAUAUGAAACCGUGUGCCUUAUGGUAGUGUUAGGUUUUUACUUAAAAGGACAUGCUUUAAAUCGGCCGUUUAGUAGAAUAAUACAAUUUUGAUAUACUAGGGAAAAGUUUAAAAAAGCAAUCAGCAACAUAUUUUACCAUAAAAAACAGCGCAAAUCGUAUUCUGAAAUGAUGUUUUUACACGCGAUGUGGAAUAAAAAAAUAAGAAAAUUACAACAAA